CAAAAUCUAAGAAGGGUAGCUAUCUAACAAAUUUCCACCUUCCUCUAUAGAUUUGCACCUACACUCCCCUUAGUGAUGGGAUAGUUUAUACAUGAAAGUUAACAGUUAGAUUGAGUUCAAGAAGUUGAUACAAAGAAAUAACCAUGAGCAGUACUGGUGGUAGUGGUGGUGAAAAUGAACCAUUGUUACCUGAUGUUGAAUUCCGGCUCGACAACGUCUGUGGCUCAACAGACUCCAUCGAAGAGUUUCUUGAACAUCAAGAGAGGAUAUCACUGAGGUUAUGGGUUAGACUUAUCUGUUGGGAAUCUAAAGCUAUCUGGUUACUUUCAUGGGCAUCAAUUACUGUUUCAAUUUUCAACUACAUGCUCAGUUUUGUCAACUUAAUGUUCGUUGGAAAUAUUGGAUUUAUUGAACUUGCUGGUGCUUCUCUUACUAACUUGGGGAUUCAAGGUUUUGCUUAUGGUGUCAUGUUGGGUAUGGCUAGUGCAGUCCAAACAGUAUGCGGUCAAGCCUACGGAGCGAAAAAAUACUCUUCCCUUGGUGUAAUCUGCCAAAAGGCUAUCAUUUUACACCUUGGAGCAGCCAUUCUUCUCUCCUUUCUCUACUGGUAUGCUGGUGACAUUUUCCGAGCACUGGGCCAAACAACUGAGAUUGCGAAACAAGGGGAGAUUUUCGCAAGAGGGUUACUACUUCAGCUUUAUGCAUUUGCACUGUACUGUCCGAUGCAAAGAUUUUUGCAAUCACAAAACAUAGUUAACCCUUUAGCUUACAUUUCCAUUGGGGCUUUCUUGUUCAACAUAUUGUUCAAUUGGUUGGCUGUUUAUGUGCUGGAUUCCGGGGUUUUCGGUGCAGCUAUUGCAUUGGGUCUAUCCUGGUGGAUUUUAGUUUUAUUAACUGGAAUGUAUAUUGUUUUAAGUCCAUCUUGCAGUCAAACUUGGACUGGCUUCUCUGUUCAUGCUUUUAGGGGUUUAUGGCCUUACUUCAAACUCACUGCUGCAUCUGCUGUCAUGUUGUGUUUGGAGAUAUGGUACAAUCAAGGACUUGGACUAAUAUCAGGAUUUCUUCCUAAUCCUGCAAUUGCACUUGAUUCUAUUUCUAUAAGCUUGAAUUACUUGAACUGGGACUUGCAGUUUAUGCUAGGCUUCUGCACAACAGCAAGUAUACGAGUCGGGAACGAGCUUGGAGCAGCUCAUCCAAGGAUUGCAAGGUUCUCAGUUAUAGUCAUUAACUUGACCAGCAUUUUAAUCAGCAUAGUGUUCAGUGCAAUUGUCAUGAUAUUCAAAACCAUAUUAAGCAAGGCUUUCACUAGCAAUGAAGAGGUUAUCAAGGCAGUAUCAAAUUUGACUCCAUUGCUUGCAAUCUCAGUCUUGUUAAAUGGAAUCCAACCCAUUCUUUCAGGUGUGGCAAUUGGGAGUGGAUGGCAAGCUUUGGUUGCAUAUGUUAACUUGACUACCUACUAUAUCAUUGGUCUUCCUAUUGGAUGUCUUCUGGGUUUCAAAACUAGUUUGGGAGUUGCUGGGAUAUGGUGGGGUAUGAUAAUUGGAGUUCUACUACAAACCAUAACCCUCAUUAUACUAACUGCUAGGACUGAUUGGAAUAAAGAGGUAGAUAAAGCUGUUGAGCGCCUAAGGAAAUCGUCCAACGCAGAAGCAAGUUGGCCAACAGUGAUGCCACAUUGACAGCCACACGGCGCAAAUUAGAACCGAGUGGUUUUUAUUUUGUCAGUGAACAGAGAUUGUAGUGAAUUUACGAAUUUACAUAAGUCGGUAAGAAUGGACACCAGUUCUUCAAUUGUUCCCUGCUUGUUAUGGUUUGCACUUUGGAAUCUGAUAGCCAUUUAACUGGGAUUAUGGAUUGGGCUUCCAAGCAUGAACCAUAUAGCAUGUAAUUUUAUGAAAAUAAAGCACCAAAUACUAUGGUGUGCGUUC